GCGGUGGCGCACGGAGAGAGGUGGACGGGAAACAAGUUGAAUUAAACCAAUAAGGACUUUUAUUUUUAUUCUGUUGAUUUUUUUAAUCCCACCUCCCUCACUGAAGAAUUUUCAACACUGUUCCUCCACACGCUGGUCGUAUUGCGGUUUGGACCGCGCGUGAAUGAGAGCUAAACAGCCCGGGAGACCCAGAGACAUCCGCGGCGAAGGGACCGUCUGUACGCGGAGAGGGGAGAGCGUCUCCGGGUGUCGGAAGUGCGCCUUUGCGCGGUUUGAAUUGGACUGCGGUGCGAUUCUUCCACGGCGUGUAGCCCAGGGAGGAGUUUUUUUUUCUUUUUUCGUGGGGGGAGGAUACGUUGGCUUGCUUUUUUUGGAAGCUCGGGAGAAGAUUUGGUGUCAUUUUAAUAGGAUUUGGGGGAAGCCUAUCGGAUCGUACACUCCGCUCCACUCGUGUUGAAAGUGGAGAGGGGAGGGUUGGAUGCCUGCAGGUUUGCGAGUCCUGAAGAAGCAGCCAAGGAUUACAUCCUGCCCGGGCACCUUCUGAAGGGCCAAGGACGCAAAAGACCGGGUUGGAGUGGCUGAUUCUUCGCCCGCCUUGCGCUUUGGCUUCUUUUGGAGAGGAUAUGGCAAGGUCGGCGCUGGAGAGUGGAGAGCAGACGGCGCAGGCGAGAGGAAACCGGAGCUGAAUGACAGGAUGCCAGCGACCUGAGCCCGCACUCAGAUCACUCCUAACUUCGUUAAGAGACACUUCAGCUUCAUUUGUUGGACAGAGCGGAGAGAAGAAUACUUUCCCUUGAGGAAAAAAACAUCUUUUGGAGGAGUUUAUUUUCAGAGGAUUUUUGUUUUUGUUUUUUAUAUCUAUAUACUCGUAAUUUUAUUUUUUUUCCUGGUGAUAAAACAAGGAUGCAUUGUGGAUUAGUCUUUAUCCUGUUCAUGGGAAUCCUCUCGGUGGCCAAGGCUUUCAAAAACGAUAAAUGUGGAGGCAACAUCAGAAUCUCAACCGCCAACUACCUCACUUCGCCCGGAUACCCCACGUCUUAUCCCCCUUCUCAGAGAUGCGUGUGGGUGAUUUCGGCGCCUGGUCCUCACCAGCGGAUCCUCAUCAACUUCAAUCCGCAUUUUGAUCUGGAGGACAGGGAGUGCAAAUAUGACUAUGUGGAGGUACGAGAUGGCACCGAUGAGAGCGGUCAGUUGGUGGGGAAGUACUGUGGAAAGAUUGCCCCUUCUCCAGUCGUCUCUUCUGGAAACCAGCUUUUCAUCAAAUUUGUGUCCGACUACGAGACCCACGGAGCAGGCUUCUCUAUCCGAUACGAGAUCUUUAAGACAGGUCCGGAAUGCUCCAGGAACUUCACCUCCAACAGCGGCAUCAUUAAGUCACCUGGGUUCCCCGAGAAAUACCCCAACAACCUGGACUGCACUUUCAUGAUCUUUGCCCCGAAAAUGUCAGAAAUCAUCUUGGAGUUUGAGAGCUUUGAGCUGGAGCCCGACCCAACGCCCCCUACUGGUGUGUUCUGCCGCUAUGACCGGCUGGAGAUCUGGGAUGGGUUCCCUGGAGUUGGCCCACACGUCGGAAGGUACUGCGGGCAGAACACCCCGGGCAGGAUCAUCUCUUACACAGGCAUCCUGGCCCUGACAAUCAACACCGACAGCGCCAUCGCAAAGGAAGGCUUCUCUGCCAACUUCACCGUCAUCGAAAGAACCGUUCCAGAGGACUUUGACUGUAGUGACCCUUUGGGAAUGGAAUCGGGAGAGAUAACGUCAGAUCAGAUCAUGGUUUCAUCCCAGUACAAUCCUAGCUGGUCCCCAGAGCGCUCCAGACUCAACUACUAUGAAAAUGCAUGGACACCAGCAGAGGAUUCCAACAAAGAGUGGAUACAGGUGGACCUUGGGUUCCUGCGGUUCGUCUCGGCCAUCGGCACCCAGGGCGCCAUUUCCCAGGAGACCCAGAGGGUUUACUUUGUCAAGUCCUACAAAGUGGAUGUCAGCUCUAAUGGAGAGGACUGGAUCACUUUGAAAGAAGGCUCCAAACAGAAGGUUUUCCAAGGCAACACCAACCCAACUGACGUUGCCAAGACGAAGCUUCCCAAGCCCACGCUGACGCGCUUCGUUCGGAUACGUCCCGUUACCUGGGAAACAGGCAUCGCACUGCGCUUCGAGGUGUACGGCUGUAAGAUAUCAGAGUACCCGUGUUCAGGCAUGCUGGGCAUGGUAUCAGGCUUGAUCAAUGACAACCAGAUCACCGCGUCCUCCCAUACAGACCGGAGUUGGGUACCAGAGAAUGCCCGCUUGCUAACAAGUAGGACAGGAUGGACCCUGCUGCCCCAGCCACAGCCCUUCACUAAUGAAUGGCUGCAGGUGGAUCUCGGCGAGGAGAAGCUAGUGAGGGGCUUGAUCAUCCAGGGAGGGAAGCACCGUGAAAACAAGGUGUUCAUGAAGAAGUUCCGCCUGGGCUACAGCAACAAUGGCUCGGACUGGAGGAUGGUGCUCGACACCAGUGGAAACAGGCCGAAGAUAUUUGAAGGCAACAGCAAUUAUGACACUCCUGAACUGAGGACCGUGGAGCCUCUGCUGACCCGUUUUGUCAGGAUUUACCCAGAGAGGGCCACUCCUGCUGGGAUGGGCCUGCGGCUGGAGCUGCUGGGCUGUGAGAUUGAAGCUCCUACACUCCCGCCAACCACCGCAAUCCCGAGCACCACCCCGUCUGACGAGUGUGACGACGACCAGGCGAGCUGCCACAGUGGCACAGGUGAUGACUACGAUGUGACAGGUGGUAACAUGAUGCCAGAGAGCACUACUGCUGAAAUGGAUACCAUCCCAGCUUUUCUCUGGUUCGCCUGCGACUUUGGCCGAGCCAAUGAUCCGUCCUUCUGCAGCUGGACAUCGGAGGACACGGGAUCUAGGUGGCAGAUCCAGUCCAGCGGCACCCCUACCCUCAACAUUGGACCCAACAUGGACCACACAGGUGAACCGGGGAAUUUCAUCUACACCUUAGCAACCAGCCCCCAAGAGACAGAGGUGGCUCGACUCGUCAGCCCCGUGGUCAGCUCCCCGGACUCCGACCUCUGUGUGUCAUUCUGGUACCACAUGUUUGGGCCGCACAUCGGCACACUACACAUCAAGCAGCGCAAGCAAACGGAGAAGGGACCUGCGGAUGUCCUACUGUGGACAGUCAGUGGCCACCAAGGCAACCGCUGGAGGGAAGGUCGUGUCCUCGUGCCACGCACCAACAAGCCUUAUCAGGUGGUGAUCGAAAGUCUUGUGGAGAGAAAGAGCUGGGGAGACAUUGCUGUGGAUGACAUUAAGGUUCUCGAUGGGAUCACACUGCCAGACUGUAAAGAUCCCGACGUGCCCACCGAGCCAAUAUUACCGGAGGAUAUUAAUGAAAUCAGUAAGUCCUUUCACACAUCAGGUUUGUUGUGCAUUCUAACCUUUUAUAGUUUAUUUUCUCACUUUUCUUUUUCUCUUCUGCUCCUUGCUUCCUCUCUAGUUCCGGAAAACACAGAAUAUCCAGACUUUGUGGAUAACAACCAGAUCCCUGAAGGCAGCAUGCUAAAGACGCUUGAUCCCAUCCUGAUCACCAUCAUCGCCAUGUCUGCCCUCGGGGUCUUCCUGGGGGCCAUCUGCGGCGUGGUCUUGUACUGCGCCUGCUCACACGGAGGCAUAUCAGACAGGAACUUGUCAGCUCUGGAGAACUACAACUUUGAGCUCGUGGACGGCGUCAAGCUAAAGAAAGACAAACUCAACGUACAGAGUUCAUACUCGGAGGCGUGAGCCAAGACCAAGCGCAUUCAUGUGACUGUGUGCGAUGGGCCGGGCUCUCGCACGAGACUGUCUGCAGGCAUAUAAUCCCGCCUGUCUGCAAGCAGACGGGCUCAGAAGGGACUGCCGAUGCCCUCGAAUCUCUGGACGAGGGACAGGUUCAGGAACCAACAGGAGGUCUGGACUGAUCCAUGCUUUUCUCAGGAGCUGCAGUUAAAAAAAACAAAAAACAGAGCCUACCAGUAAAGGGGGAGGGACACUGUGUACAAAUAAAAUACAGGAAAAAAAAUAUGUACAGAUGAUUCAGAUGAUAUUUUAAUUUUCUAUUUUGAUUUUCAUUCAUUUUUACAAUCGGAUGCUGGUGUUGAGACCAAUUUAUUAAUGAUGUUUAAAGUAUUUAUCGUUUUCUGGAAAAAAAAAAAAAAAGAAACCUCUUUUUGUUAUUACCAUCAGUUGGUAACGGCUAUUUUCACCUUUUAGAAAGAGACGUAUUGACAUCCUAAGUGAACAAUAUCCGGUAAAAACUGUAGAUUCGCCCCAUGGCGUGGCAAACAGAGCGUGCCGUGAGACAUGUACCCUUUCUCCCCCUUUGACCCCUAUCACUCUAAAGUGAGGGUCCCAUUCAUGGCAAUGUAUGGUCCUGACAGUGCCUUUAAUACGUUUUUGUUGGAAUCCUCUGUUGAUAUUGGUGUUUUUUACUGUACUUGGCUUAAGCUAUAAUGACAGGAAACAGGGGCACAUGACCUUAGAAAUACCUGCAAAACAGGACAAGAGUUUAUCACAGGUUUUUUUUGUUGUUGUAUUUGUUUGUUUGUUUGUUUUCUGUCCAAAACAAAAAAAACACACACUGUAAAUAAGUUUUAAUAUAUUUUAUUGCCCUUUUUUUAAAGAAAGUAAAAAGGAAAAGAAAAAAAAGCUGCAGUAUCCCUUUUUGUCAUGGGUUUGUGCGUGUGCGUGUGUGUAAAUACAAUCUCCUGGACUGUUUCGUGGAAGGUGCAGCGUUUCAUUUUCAGUCGCUCAGGCGAGCACGAUUCGCCCGAUCGCUGACGCUCCAGCGAUUUCAAUGUGCAUUCAAGCCAUCUGUCACCGAAACAUCCACUUCUCAAAAAGAGCCCCAAGGAUGAAUGAAUCGAGAGGUAGCAAACGCACAAAAACAAAACAAAAAAAAGAGAGAUGAACUCUCAGCACUCUUCUUCUUCUGAUCACUCAUGACCACGCCAUAUCUCUGCUGUGAGCUGAACUGGUCGCUGUGAUGUUUUCCAGAACUUUAAACACACUCAUGACAAUUUCAGAGGAGGUGGUAAAAUAUAUCAAAUAUUUGGCAAAAACAAACAAACAAACAAACAAACAAACACCAAUCCUCGUUGCUUUGCUUUAUCUAAAUCCCUCACUGUCUUGUCACUGUGGAUUGUUCACCCAGGCAGUGCUAUCUGGACAAUGCAGCUUGAAUGCACUUUGUUUUGCAAGCCCCUCGUGGUAGAAACCUGUAAAAAAGAGGGGUUAACACACUAACUGACGAAUGGUGCUAUCAGUAAUUUAGCCAGACACAUGUGUCUCAUGAUGAAAAAAACAUUUUUUAAAUAAAAAAGCCCAGUUUGUAUUGUCCACAUGCUGUAGUGUAGCUCAAGCGCUCCGACCUCCUCCUCUUGGGGGGCUGUGAAGAGUUUUUAACGUGUUUCACGUGUAGCAGCCAUAAUGUUGUGAUGUCAGAGCUGAUGUCAAAAGGACAAGACACUGGUACAGUGGGUUGGAGUGGGGGUGAGGUGGGGUUGGGGGUGGGAAUCGAGCAUCGUCACCUGAAUCAGACCCCCAGGCCUCUCUCCGUGGCUUUACCAAAGGAUGGUUGCCCCCUUAUACAUACGGUGGAGGGCUGGAGGGGGAGGAGGGGUUCCUCGCCAACACAAAAUACCAUGAGACCACAGUCCCUCCUCUCCACACCCUUCCCCAUAAAAAAAUCAAAAAAAGGGGGUAGCCUAUGGCAGGACACUUACGGAGCACAGCAACGUGUUUGUUUUUUCUAUCUCUUUUUAAGCUUAAAAGAAGUGAAACGUCACCCAGGUGUGAACUCUUCAAUCCCAGGGUGGUGGUGCCCCCCCACGAGGCCACUGGGGCCCCUGAACUCAGUGGGGGGUUUUUGUGUCACAGUCAAAACAAUCAAAAAAAAAAAUCAAUCCUGGGAGGCGUGGAGUCUUUUUACAUGGAUGUGCUUUGUAUGUUGUGCCGUGGUGAACACACGUUCUCAGCUUGUUCAUUUUAUUUUUCAGGACCAGGCGACCCUCUCUCCCCUCAGCUUUUACACCGCCCCUCCCCCUCCCCCCACCUGUGCUUUCAGCUGUAGAGCACUGUAGCUGCAGCAGCUAAGGAGAAAGGAUACUGUAGCGUGGACUCAAAAGAAAUAAUGUUGCACUGACAUAUAUAUUUAAGAGGUUUAUGUGUUUCUAGCAUUCAUUUGCAAAAAAAAGAAAAGAAACUGAAGAAAAUCAAAAACUGUUUUCUUUUUCUGUUCUUUUUAUAUAUACAUGCUUAUAUAUAUAUAGUUUCAGAUUAUGUGACAUAAUUCUGAAAUGUAAAAAUACUGAGAUGUUUUCAUUAUUGAAAAAGGCAGAAGAGAUUUUUUUUCCUCCCAGCAGUAAUGUCCCUCCCCCGUACAUUUACAUGGCAUAUUAACCCUUCGUUUUGUACUGUCAUUCAGAAUUUUGUGCAGAUUUUCUUUCUUUCUUUUUUUUAUAAUAACAAGGAAUUAAGACUUUUAUUUUCAGUACUGCUUCUGUAAUUUACUGUUGUGAAGGGCGGGAGGGGAAAGGAAUAAACAGCAAAGGCCUUAAAAAAUUGAAAAGGGAAUUUGUGAGUUGUAAUUCAGGCUUUGAAAUGUUUUGUUUUCUUUUUCUUUUUCUGCUCCAGUCAGACAUCUAAACCACAGCCCUGCUGUGAAGGGUUAAACCAGCAUCUUCAUAAGCAAGCAGCUCUUUGAAACAGCAUCUUUUUUGUUGUUGUUCCUUUUGCUUGAGAGUGAUGUGAAAGCACUAUCAAGGCAACGCAGUGAUGUUAAAAGAGAACUUUUUUUGUCUGUCUCAUUGCCACCGCUUUCCAAAGAUACAAUAAAAAAGGCGUCUCCACAUGAAGGAGGAUGAA